AUGUCUGAUCUCGAAUUGUCCUACGUCGGUGCCCCACCUCCAACCCUUCCUACAGCCAACAUCUUCGACUUCAUCUUCUCGAAUCCACUUCGAAAGAAUGGUCCAGUCUCCAGUCAUGCUCCAGAUACUGAAAGUCGUAACCAUAUCAUUCCCAACAUAGCUCCUCACAAGCCUCUGCUUGUGGAUCCUCUUACUGCUGCUCAGGUCAGUUGGGAUAGAGUACGAAUCGACUCUCUGCGUAUAGCAGCUGGACUACAUGCUCUGGGCUUGCAGCCCUCCCCUGCUGUGCCUCAUUCAUCAACUGGCCACACACCUGUCAUAUCCCCUGUUGUCCUACUGCACCUGCCUAACUCUUUAGCUUUUGCGCCAUUACUUUUCGGUGUAAUGGCUUCAGGCUUGACUGUAACUAUGGCCAACCCUGGCUUGACUUCCGGUGAACUGGCCUGGAUCCUCAAGUCCUCUGAGCCUCAGGUUGUCGUAACCACUCCGGAAGGCCUGCAGGUCCUUAAUGCAGCCAUAACCGAAAGCGGUAGUCCUAAAGUCAAAGCCAACCUUAUCAACACGCGCCGUGUUUAUGUUGUAGAUCCUGCUCAUGACGAGUACGGUCUUCCUUGUUCGCACUCCAAGGGCACCACGUUAGAUCAACGCUCACAAGACUGGAAGGCACUAUUGGCGCCCAAACCACUUAAAGCUCCAGUCCAAUUCAAGUCCAGCGAAUACAAAGAAAGAACGGCAGUCAUCCUCUGGUCAUCUGGCACCUCGGGCAAAUCAAAGGGUGUCGUUCUGUCUCAUCAGGCUCUUGUCAGCAAUGUGCACUCACUAUGGCACAUCAACCAAGCAUUUGACGGAAACCAACGAUGGCUAGGCUUUGCUCCAUUCUACCACAUCUUUGCACUGUGCAACGUCUUGCUUCUCUCGGUUGCAGCUGGAGCUACCAUCUUCGUCAUGCCAAAGUUCGAUCCUAAGCUCAUGCUCAGCCACGUACAGCGCUACCGCGUCACUUUCUUGCACAUGGCGCCUCCAGUCGCUGUGCUGCUUGCUAAAUCGCCCAUGUUGGAUGAGUACGAUAUGACGAGCAUCCAGGGCGCCGUCAGUGGAGGUGCUCCUCUGCCUUCAGAAAUCGUCGAACAGGUCUACCGACGAUUGGGCAUAUUGAUCAAGCUUGGCUAUGGGUUAUCAGAAGCAGGGUCUGUGUGUAACCAAGUAGGAGAGACUUGGGAGGUCAUCCAACCACAACUUGGUAACACUGGUGUACCAUGUUUCGGUAUUGAGCUCAAGAUCGUGUCUGUCGAUGAUCCCACGAAAGUUGUAGCGAAGGGUCUCGAAGGCGAGAUCCUGAUAAGGUCUCCAACGAACAUGACCUGUUACCUCAACAACAAGGCAGCAACCGAUGAAGCUCUCGACAGUGAAGGCUGGUUCCACACUGGCGAUGUCGGCAAAGUCGAUACCAACGGCCAUUUGUGGAUCACCGACCGCUUGAAGGAUGUCAUGAAAGUGAAGGGUUUCCAAGUGUCACCUUCUGAGCUCGAGAACAUCCUUUGCGGUAGCCCUUCAGUGGCUGACGCUGCUGUAUGUGGUCUUUUUGACGCCGGCCUUGCGUCUGAACUACCUAGAGCUUACGUUGUGCCUUCUUCAAAACACUUGUUGGCUCAAUGUACACCAAAUGGUCCUGUCACACCGGAGCUCCAAGCCCUGGCUCAAGAGAUCAAGCAACUGGUGGAAAGCAAAACCGUGAGGUACAAGUGGUUGGCAGGUGGGUUGUGUUUUGUACCAGCAGUGCCAAAGUCACCAAGUGGCAAGAUCUUGAGGCGUAUGCUUGUGGGCGUACAGGGUGUUGAGGUGAAACUCUAUCUGAGUCGGGCGGAAAAGGCGAAGCUCUAG